AGGAAGAUCACAAGGACGGAGAAAAUAUCAAUAUAAAGGAUUCACAAAAAGUGGGAACACGUACAAGGAUGAAGACACGGAUAUUGGUAUGCUUGGUGGUUACCAUAGUGGUAUGCAGUAUAGUAUGUGAUGCUACACUUACCCAAAAGGACAAAAAGGAUAAAACUCCCAAAAAGACUCCAGAAAAGCCGCCUAAAAUAGUUGACCCUAAAGCCAAGGGUACUAAACCCAAAAAGGCUGAUCCUGCAAUGGACCCUGCAACUGCAGACGUUAUGAAAAAGAUUCAGGAGGCUAUUAACAAACAUGCUCAUAAACUAGAAGGCACUGGACUGAAAAUUAAUGUGGGAGGGGGAGAUGAUGCCCUAAAUAUGAUGGCAGGGGAUGAUGGCGAUGACGACGACGAUGAUGAUGAUGACGACGAUGAUGACGAUCAUGAUGAAUUAUAAAUGGACCUACUUCUAGUCUAAUUUCCCCUCAUCAGAUCAUAACAAUCAAGUAUAUAUAGAAAUCAUCAUUCAUACGUUUCGCUGAACCAUAGUAUCAAAAUCGUUCAAAUAUCACUUAGGCCUAGAUCAGGUCACCCUCGAAUCAAGUUGCUUUUCCAAGGAACAGGGAGUAUAUGAACUUGAACAUGUUUUAUGUGACCGUAUAUAGAGAGAUUAUGAAACGCGUGCCUUAUUUUGCCAAACAUAAAACAAUUGUAUGAGUUGAACAUCCAUUUCUUUUGAUGCGAUCCCCUUACUACAUACAUAUAUGCAAGAGGGGUAGUUACGCGAGAUUUGAUGCAAAACUGUACUUUAUAAUACGUCCACCAAUACGUCCGUAUGUUGAUUGUUGUAGUUGAGCCUGUCUCCACUGGUGUAACUGGUGUUGGGAUAAACGUUAAGUCUGUAGAUUAGUUUUAGUUAUUGCUAACAGAACUGUAGCCAGGAUUUUUAAAAUAAAAGGGAAAUAAGCACCAAACGGUUACAAUUCUACCAUUCGACUUCUUUUCUACAGUUCCAGAAUGAGAAAAAGUGUAAAUGAUAUAUUUUCGUAAAAUAGUUCGCCAUGCCUAACUACGCUUCUAGAUGUCUAAACGUGGUGUCGGUUUGAUUCGUGAAUAUAUUUCACUGACCAGUAUCAAGAGAAAGUAAC